GGGGAGGUGGCAGCCUAAGGGGUCCCACCUGUGUCCCUCUUCUCGCCACGUGUCAUCCCUCCCUCUCGGCCUCUCUUCUCCCUCCCCGCAUCACUGUCCCCCUGGGAAGCCAUCCCUUCCUGGUGUCCAGCCAGCUCCUCCCUGCAGCUGCCCACCCCCCUCCUUUGACCUGCCCCCGCCCCCGCCCCCCGCCUUGCUCCCCUGGGCUUAAGGAAAGGAACAGAGGAGAGGGGAGGAGAGCAGGGGAGAAAGGCUUCCCAGGACAGGUUGGGGAGAGAAUGGGGUCAGCUGUACUGAGGAACAGAUGGAGGGGGCAGUGGGGGACGGGGCUUAGGCAGACACCAGCAGGAAGAAUUUGAUUUUGAAAGGACGCGUGUAAGGUGACUGCCCAAAGAGAAAGGGUUUGGGCCUCUGGGGAAGAGAACCGUGUCAGGAAAGGUUUCAGGGAUGCCAGCAGAGAAGAGCAAAUCCUUGUCUGCUGGCAUUUCGUGGGUUCGUUAGUGCCAAAUGUGAGUCAGGGGUAGAGUGCUGUUUUCCACUGACACCCAGUUUCAGAAUCCCUGGUCUUGGCUCCCCAGAACUUUGCCUCUUGACUGUCCUUUCUGCCCCCACCUUCACCCAUGGAAACUUGGUUCUUUUCCCUCCCCUUCCCCUGCCUGGGCUAGCUCCUUUCCAAACAGCCAUGCCCUCUAAAUGCUAGGGACCUGGGCCCUGAACCCUGUAGACAGAUGCCCCCCAAGUUGGGGCAUGGGAGGGGGGCUGGGGGACCCCAUGAUUCAGCCACGGACUCCAAUGCCCAGCCCCUCUCCCCAGAACAAUUCCCUGACAGUCCCAUGUCCCCACCCCAAUCCUUUGCGGCUCUGUACACAUUUUUAAACCUGGCAAAAGAUGAAGAGAAUAUUGUAAAUAUAAAAGUUUAACUGUUGGUUUUGCCUGCUGUUAUGUUAGGAGGUGGGGGUGGGGGGCUCCAAAGAAACAAACCUUGGAGAAGUGACUCUGCCUUUGAAGGGGUAGGAGAAGAGGGUCCAACCCUUUUCAGUGAAGAGCUCUGAGGUCUGAGAGAAAUGGGCAGUGGGUGCUGGGGUGUGGUUGUCAUGACAAUGGGGUUGUUUGGGGAGUUAAGAUCAGAACCAGUGUCUGUGGAGGGGAGAGCCUGGCAUAGAGAACCAGACAGGGACUGAUGGGGGCAGACACCAGGCAGGCCAGAAAGCCCACAGGAUGGUGCCCGUGGCUGACUCCAGGAGAGGCAUGCAAACUGUAGGCUUUGGUCUCUACUAAGACCUGGCCCAGGCUAGAGGCUCAAACCUGGGCCCAGGACUCUCUCUCUUGGCACAUUGUGAGGGAUAGCCCCACACCUUUGUGACCCGUUUACCCCCAGGGGACAGAAAAGUGGGCUGGUGGAUACUGUGGGCACAGUGGGCUGGGGGCCUAGGGGCCCCGGUGGCCCUAGGGACCCCCAUGGCUAUGGCUGAGCAGCCACGGCCCAGGUGGGCCUCAUAUCACAACCCUAACACCAACAGCUGCCGGGACCUGGGCAACUCCAUCCUGCUGCUGCUGGGCCUUAUUAUUUGCAUUAAUAUUGGCAUCAACAUGGUGACGCUGGUCAGGGUGGGCCCGGGCGGGAGGGUGCUGGCAGGACGGCUGGGGGGCAGGCCUGAUGGCCAGGGCCUAUCUGGGGUCACUGUGUCCUUCCUCACCUAGCUCUGGCGCAGACUCCGUGGCUUCUUACACCAAGUGUUCCGUGUUAUUUGUGAGAAAGAAGCUUCUAAGUUACGCUCACCUGGGAAGCAGACCCAGCCCUCAAAGCAUAGCUCUCCAGCAGUCCACCUACGAUGCACCAUGGACCCCGUGAAGAUGACGGUGACCCCCCCACCCACUCGCCGCCGUCGCCAUCAAGGCUCUUCUUCGCGCCGUGCCCGCCGCCCAGUAGCCUGGGCCCCUGACACUGACGACGAUGAUGACGAGAAGCCCCCACAUCAGCACACAGCGGCCUGCUCCCACAACUGGGACUACCUUGAGGAUUGGGAGGGUUUACAGACUGCCCAGAGGUUCUGGACUCCCUGGGCCCAGGACGCCUUGGAGCCUCCUACCCAGACCAUCCGCUUCCAGCAGACUAUAGAGGGAAGGCCCCUCAAGAGAGAGAUGCAGUCUGAUCUGGGCCUAGAGGCCUACGUGUACCCUGUGAACCCCCCACUCCCCAGCACUCAGAUCCUGAGCCACAAGAACAGUGGAGGGGGGGCAGGGGCAGGGGCCCAGGCAGAACAGGAACAGGGCACACCAGCUGAGCCACCCAUCCUGGGCCCAGCCAAUGUCCCGGACAUCCCCCGGCGCCGCUCCUCAGGGCGCGUUGCCUACGAUGCCAGGGACGUGAGGCGGCGGCUGCGGGAGCUGACCAGGGAGGUGGAGGCCCUGUCGCACUGUUACCCUCUGGCCUCCGGAUCCAGCACAGCUGAGGGGACGAGAAAGGACUGGGUAUACCGUUCCCUGACAGAGAGGUGACUGGGAGAAGAAUAAAAAGAAGAGAGGAGGUGGA